AGUAGGCAGGGGGCUGCCUGCACCCACCCCGCUCCUCCACGUUCCGUCAUCAGCGUGUCCUGCAGAUCACAGCGCGGUCCUAUAAGCGGCUCCACAGCCGAGGCGCGGACAGUGAGCGUGUGGGCGCGCAGAGACGUGGACAUGAGGACACAGUGAGAGCAGAGGACUAAGCUGCGGAUCGUCAGUGCUCGCACUGUGAAAGGAACAACUCGGAACUAACAUCAAACACUCCCAUCUGACACAUGAUCACUAAUCCCUCGGCUGAAGAGCCACGAGAAAGCAGCGCAGCAGUUUGCAGAGCGCAUUGGCCCCUCGUGAGGACUGAUGCUAUUUUUGAUCCCUUCUCUUUGAUUUCAGUCAUCAUUGAUUUGCUCCAUGCCACAGAACAGGCCGGGAUUAUAAUUUCCUCUUGGAUUUAAAAGUCACUGACUUUUAACUCAUCAGCACCAAACUUCUCUUGCACAUCUGGAAAUUGCGCACGGAGAUGGCGCAAAGGUACGAUGAGCUGGCUCAUUACGGCGGCGCGAUGGACGGAGUCGGAGUUCCCACAUCCAUGUACGGAGACCCGCACGCCCCCCGACCCCUGCCCCAGGUCCACCACCUGAACCACGGGCCGCCACCGCACCCGACGCAGCACUAUGGAGCCCACGCGCCGCACAACAUCAUGCCCAGCAGCAUGGGCAGCGCCGUGAACGACGCGCUGAAGAGGGACAAGGACCAGAUCUACGGACACCCUUUAUUCCCGCUGCUGGCUCUGGUGUUCGAGAAGUGUGAGCUGGCGACAUGCACGCCCAGAGAGCCCGGGGUGGCGGGAGGUGACGUCUGCUCCUCCGACUCGUUCAAUGAAGACAUAGCCGUGUUUGCAAAGCAGAUCCGCGCAGAGAAGCCUUUAUUUUCCUCCAACCCAGAGCUGGAUAACUUGAUGAUUCAAGCGAUUCAAGUUUUACGAUUUCAUCUCCUGGAGUUAGAGAAGGUUCAUGAGCUCUGUGAUAACUUCUGUCACCGGUACAUCAGCUGCCUCAAAGGCAAAAUGCCCAUCGACCUGGUCAUAGAGGAGCGGGACGUCUGCAAGUCGGACUUCGACGACCUGUCGGGAUCCUCCACGAACCUCGCGGAUCAUGUGAGUGAAAACGCGUGAAGUGAUGAAGAGUCUGUUAAACAGCA